AUGACCGACCGUGCCGACUCGGGCACGCGUGCCGCGGAGCACAUCGAGGAGAAGCUGCCCGGCUUCCUGCGCAUCCCCGAGCACAAGAAGUCGAAGCACCACCACGCCGCCUUCUACGACACGCUCGAGCGCCGCCUCAUGAUCAAGAACGAGAUCAUCGCCGCCGUCGCCGAGUUCGUGGGCACGGUCAUGUUCCUGUUCUUCGCAUUCUGCAUUGCGACGCAAGCUACGAACCGCGGCAACGAGCUCGAGGCGGCGGAUCCCAACGCGCCGCUCGACCUCGAGGGGCUUCUGUACUCGUCGCUCGGCUUCGGUUUCGCGUUGGCUGUGAACGCCUGGAUCUUCUUCCGCAUCAGCGGAGGCCUGAUGAACCCUGCCGUGGGCUUCGCCCUGACGCUCACCGGCACGAUCACCUGGACACGCUUCUUCGUCCUCACGGUCGUCCAGUACGCUGGCGGUCUGACGGCGGCAGCGCUGUGCAACGCUCUGAUUCCCGGUGGCAUCAAUGCCCGCACCACGCUCCACAACGACACGAGUGUCGUGCAGGGCUUCUUCCUCGAGUUCCUAUGCACCGCCAUGCUCAUCUUCGCCAUCUACAUGUUGGCCGCCGAGAAGCACCGCGGAACGUUCCUCGCGCCCGUCGGCAUCGGCCUCACGCUGUUCAUCGCCGAGCUGCUCAGCACCAAUUUCACUGGGGGCUCGCUGAACCCGGCACGCACGCUCGGCCCGGACGUCGUCCUCCGCCAGUUCGACCGCACGUGCUGGAUCUACUACGUCAGCUCGUACGCCGCCGCACUCGUCACCGCCGGCUUCUACAUGGCGCUGCGUGCCUCGCACUACACGAGCGUCGUGCCGGACCAGGACGCCGAAAUGGUGCAGGAGAUGAAGCAGGUCGUGCGCGACGUGCACGGCAACGUCAUCGGCUCGAUCGACAUGGUGCCCGCCUCCGAGAGCGCGCCGCUGCUCGAGGACCAGGCCGCACUCGCCGCCGAGGAGGGCCGCGUGGCGCCGGGCAUGGCCGAGGCUUCGGCGGGCAACAGCGACUUCACCUAUGCCGCAAAGGACGAUGCCACGUACUCGCACGAUGUUCUGCGCCACAAGACCUCGUCCAGCAGCACGGCCGCGCCACCGGUGGCGCCUGCUCGCGCCAUCUGA